UGUGAGGACUGCUUCGGCUUGGAAAUGACAUGUGCAGCAUGUUGUGUGGUUGGUGAAUGCGUGCAGCUAAAUGUCACGUUGUUCUUACUUACUAUGUUUCAGAAAUGGAAUGGGUCAUUGUUUGAACAAAGCAGCUUAAAAGAGAUAGGAUUGAGAGUGCAACUGGGGCACAGUGAUUUGAAAUGUGUGUGUCCUGAGCGUGGACAUGUGGAUUUCAUAGUUAUACAUGUGAACAGAAUCCAUCGCAUCAACAUUGAUUUCUGUGACUGUGAACAACAUGUUUCCCAUCGUCAACAGCUGCUUCGUUGUGACUGGUACCCUGUGACAAUCCAUUUCCCACAAACUGCAUGCACAAGGUGUGUACUCAAAUAUUUUCUUGUUAUGAUGUGGUCAAGCAAGGUCUCAGGGCAUGAAUUUUAUAUGACACUUGAGCAUUUGACAGACAAUGUGGGAUUGAAUAUUCCCAAUGUGAGUCCCUUAUGUACUCUGUUGUUCAACUCUCAACUAAAGCAUAUUAGAAUGAUGAAGCAAGCGGGUCGAGGAAAUGUUGGAGGAGGAAUCACUUCAACAGAACCAGGCGUGCUUGCAGUACAGUGUCCUGCCUGUCUGCACCCUGGAAUCAAUUUACCAGGAGACUGGGAGCAGAUAGACGUCUCUCUAAAGUUCCUGUAUGCUAUAUUCCUAGCUCUAGAUGCCAAUUUUCGCCUCAAGAACCAUUUGUGGUCAUCCAAAGCUGGCGAUCCUGGGUUGCAUACUGGUCUCACAUACUUUGUGCCCAAUGAGCCUUACAGGGCACAUAUUUUAAAUAAUGCUAGCAUCGCUUCUUGGACCGACACCAAGUGGCACCCCCAAGUAGGACCCCAAAAGAAAUUUUUUCAACAUAGCGCUCGACAGCGCCAAUGA